GAAGAGUUGGCAGCCCCGUCCCCAUCGUCAUCUCUAGCUGUCAUUCGGCGACGCGACGAAAAGAAUUCAACGUGCUCACUUUCCGCUUCGGAUUUGCCAGAGAAAACUAAUCGAAAUGGGCGUACAAGUAGUUCCAAUUGCUAACGGUGAUGGCAGCACCUUCCCGAAGAAUGGGCAAAAGGUCACGGUUCACUACACCGGCACCCUGGACGACGGCACCAAGUUCGAUUCGUCGCGCGACCGCAACAAGCCCUUCAAGUUCACCAUCGGCAAGGGCGAGGUCAUCCGCGGCUGGGACGAGGGAGUCGCCCAGUUGAGCGUCGGCCAGCGCGCCAAGCUGAUCUGCUCGCCGGACUACGCCUACGGCAGCCGCGGCCACCCCGGCGUCAUUCCGCCCAACUCCACCCUCACCUUCGACGUGGAGCUGCUCAAGGUCGAAUAGAUCCAGAGGCCGCCCGCUGUGUAUACCCCCAUUGAAAAUCGCGGGGGUUGCGGACCGGCGCACGGACGCCGAGCCGAAGGACACCAAAAUCGGAACCAGAACAAUCCAGCAGCAUUUGCCAACCCGAAAUAAGAAUGAUAACUCAAAACCCAGCUCUAAACUAGCACUAAUUUAACCGCAAUGGGAACGCAUCUUCUACGCAUACAAAUAAACAUUUAUUCAAGUCAAUGACAAAGAAA